AACUCUCCCUUUUUUUUCGUUCUUUCUGGUUUGUUGUUCCAAGAAAUAGCUAAGCCAACCAUGAAUACUAUAGUAACUACAGGCAAAGAGAAGCUGGUGGAAGUGGUAGCAGCUCAUAGCUUGAUGCCUAAAGAUAGGGAAAGGUCAUCUUCACCGUUUGUGGAAGUGGAGUUCGAGAACCAAAGGCAUAGGAAAGUUAAAAGGAAAGACUUGAACCCCAUUUGGAAUGAGAAGCUGGUGUUUCAUAUAAAAGAUGUUGUCGAUCUUCUUUACAGGAUUAUUGAAGUCAACGUUUUUAAUGAAAGAAGUUCGAGUAACAGUAGGAACUUUCUUAAGAAAAUGAGGGUUUCUGGUUCAAGUAUUGCUAAAGAGGGUGAAGAAGCUCCCCAAAUGUACACUCUUGAUAAAAGAAGCUUGUUUUCUCAUACUAGGGAAGAGAUAACCUUAAAGCUUUACGUAUCAACGAGAAAGGAAGUCAAAGAAGUGGGGAUUGAUAAUGGGAUGAUGGUGUCUGCUUCAAUUUCCUCUGCGGGGUUUUCAAAAAAGAAGAAAAUGCAACAGCAAAACCCAACCUUGGUGGUCCAACAACAACAACUGGUUCAAAAGAACAAGCCAACAUAGCAAACUCAAAACCAUGCAAAACCUGUGGAGACUAAUCCAGGUGAGUUAAAGCCUGUAGUGAUAACUACUGGUCUCAGUCCAGCCGUUCCCUUAGCCGUCGGUGGAGUCACUGGUGGUGGUACUGGUGUUAGGGGUCAUGGUGGGGUGAGUCUUUACUCAAAUGGGUCUAAUGAGUUUUCACUCAAGGAGACAAGUUCUCAUCUCGGUGGCAGUCCUUUGAACAAGGACAAAACUAGUUCGACUGUUGAGCAAAUGCAAUAUCGUUUCGUUAAAGUAGUGAAACUUAGAGAUAUUUCAUUGUUUGGUGGUGGUGAGAUUGUGGCUGAAGUCAAGCUAGGGAACUGCAGAAGUGUUACCAAUAGGGUUAGCUCAAACCAUCUAGAUUGGGAUCAAGUUUUUGCUUUUUCUAAAGAUUGUGUACAGUCAUCAAUGGUGGAGGUUUUUGUUAAGGAAGGUAACAAAGAUGAUCUCUUUGGCCGAGUUUGGUUUGAUUUAAGUGACGUUUUCAAGAGGGUUCCUUUUGAUAGUCAAUUGGCUCCUAAAUGGUACAGAAUGGAAAAUAGGAAAGAAGACAAGUCUAAAGGGGAAGUCAUGCUUCCGAUAUGGUUUGGGACUCAGGUAAAUGAGGCUUUUGCUGAGGCUUAGCACUCAAAGGCAGAAAAUGUGCAUUUUGAUGGACUUUGCUUUAUUAAAUCUAAGUUUUAUUUAGCACUAAAGCUUUGGUAUUUGAAAGUAUCAAUCAUUGAAGCACGAGAUGUUGUUUUGGGUGAAAAAAGGUCAACAUUGAUGAGGUACCUUGAGCUUUUAGCACAAGCCCAAGUAGGGAAUCAAGUUUCUAGGACCAAAAUUUCAACGGCUAACCCUAACAGAAACUUAUUGAAUCCUUUUUGGAAUGACGAUUUUUUGUUUGUAGUUGCAUAGCUGUUUAAAGAUUAUUUGUUUAUUGUUGUUGAGGAUCGUGUUGAGCUAGGAAGAGACGAAGUUGUGGGCAGGGUAUUACUUUUUGUGACUGCAAUUGAAAAAGGAAGUGAUCACAAGCAAGUGGUUUCUAGGUGGUUUAACCUUGAUAACCAUUUUGGCAACUCUGCUGAGACCAAGCUUCUGGUGACGAGAUUUGGGUUUAGAAUUCAUCUCCGCGUUUCACUUGAUGGGGGAUGCCAUGUUCUUGAUGAGGCCACAAUGUAUAGCAGUGAUGUCAAGCCAACAACAAAACAGCUAUGGGAGCCUCACAUUGGUGUGCUUGAAAUGGGAAUUUUGGGUGCAACAAGGCUUAUGCCAAUGAAAAUCAAGAAAGGCAAAGGAGGCACCACUGAUGCUUAUUGUGUUUCCAAGUGUGGAUAUAAAUGUAUGAGAACGCGAACUGUAGUUGAUAGCUUGUCCCUAAAAUGGAAUGAGCAAUAUAUUUAUAAGGUUUUUGAUCCUUGCACGGUUAUCACUAUUGGUGUGUUUGAUAAUUUUUGAAUUGAUAAAAGCAUCAUUACCACUGUUGGUGCUCGUGACUCUCGAAUUGGGAAGGUUAGAAUAAGGCUGUCCACGCUUGAAUCUGAUCGAGUUUAUACUCAUUCCUAUUUAUUCAUUAUGCUGCACACUUCUGGUGUCAAGAAAAUGGAUGAGCUUCAUUUAGCCGUGCUAUUUUUGUGUGCUAAUAUGGGAAACAUGUUGCAUAUGUACACUUUAUCGUUGUUACCAAAGAUGUAUUAUGUGCACUAUUUGAGUGUGAACCAAUUGGAGAGCCUGAGGUAUCAAGCUAUGAAUGUGGUGGUAUCCUAGGUUAGUAAGGCAGAGCCGCAACUGGGGCGAGAGUUUGUUGAGUAUAUGCUUGAUCAUGUCCAUAUGUUGAGCAUGAGAAGAAGCAAAGCUAACUUCUUUAGAUUAAUGAAUGUGAUAUCUGGUUUUGUUCCCAUGAGUCAUUGGGUGGAGUCUAUGCGAGACUGGACUAAGCCAGUGUACUCAUCCUUGUUUGUUGCAACCUUCCUAUUGUUCGUUGCCCUGCCUAAACUCAUAAUUCCUGCAAUGCUACUUUACAUGGUAGCUAUGGGAUUGUGGCAGUGCAGGUUCCGACCUUGACAUCCACCCUACUUGGACACUUGACUCUCCCAUGCUGAGAAUGUUUAUCCAGAUGAACUGUAUGAGGAAUUUGACUCAUUCCCAACAAGUUAAAGUGCAUAUGUGGUUAGAAUGAGGUAUGAUCGGUUAAGGAGUGUGGCGAGAAGGAUUCAAAUUGUGGUUGGGGAUAUGGUAACACAAGGCGAACAAUUUCAAGCAUUGUUGAGUUGGAAAGAUUCGAGGGCCACAUUCUUGUUUGUGAUAUUUCGCUUGUUUGCAGUUGUUGGGUUUUACGCUGUGCCUAUCAGGGUGGUAGUAGCUUUGUGAGGGCUGUAUGCCUUAAGGCCCCUAAGGUUCCAUAGCAAGUUGCCUUCCCGGGCCUUGAGUUUCUUUAGGAGGUUACCUGUAAAAGCUGAUAGUUUGCUGUAG